UUCAGUUUUUCAAAACCAGUUCUUGUUUAUUCUCAUGGUAUCAGAGCUUUCUUAAAACCCUAACAGGUUGCUGUCAUGGCAGAAAGACUCGAUCCUUAUCCUUUUCCUUCUAAUAUUCAUGUUGCGAGUUCUGUUACUAUCAAACUGAGUGACACCAACUAUCUCUUGUGGAAAACUCAGUUCGAAUCUCUGCUUCGCUCCUAGAAGCUGCUCGGUUUCGUCAAUGGUGAAAUUCCCAGGCCUGCAGCUACUCGAGUGACCACUGUCAACAAUCAACAAGUCACCGACCCUAAUCCAGCCUAUGAAGCCUGGAUCUGUACUGACGAACUCAUCAAGUCAUGGCUUUUUGGAACUCUCUCUGAAGAAGUUCUUGGUCUCGUCCAUGCUCUGUCAACGUCUCAAGAGGUAUGGAUGUCCCUUGCCUCCAGUUUUAAUCGAAGCUCUGUGUCCAGAGAGUGUGAGUUGCUUCGUCGUCUUAAUCUUUUGAACAUGAAAGAUAAGACUUUUUCUGUGUACUGUCGAGAGUUUCGCGCUGUCUGUGAUAAUCUGAGUGCGAUAGGCAAGCACGUUAAUGAGUCUAUGAAGGUUGUUCUGUUUCUGAAUGGACUAGCUAGGGAAUAUGACCCUAUUGCUACUGUUAUCCAGAGUUCUCUGUCUCGUUUACCGGCCCCUACAUUUAACGAUGUGGUUCUUGAGGUCUCUGGUUUCGACUCGAAGUUGCAGUCGUAUGAAUCUGCUUCAGAUGUCUCGCCAAAUCUAGCUUUUCAAGCUCAAAGGGGUGGUUUCUCUGGCUAUCGUGGUCGAGGAUCGAACUCUCGUGGUCGAGGAGGUCGCAACUUCUCUACUCGUAGUCGUGGUUUCUCUCAACAGGUCAACAACUCUGGUUGGAAUCAGUCUCAGUCUGGAGGUUCUAACAACAUUCGUCCUGUGUGUCAAAUUUGUGGAAGAGUUGGUCAUGUUGCUCUUAAGUGCUGGAACAGGUUUGAUAACACUUAUCAGAGUGAUGACGUACCACAGGCUCUUGCUGCUCAUCAGGUCUCAGAUAGUUGUGGUCGAGAGUGGGUUACAGAUUCCGGUUCCUCUGCACAUGUUACGUCUACACCAAAUCAGUUGUCUGCAGUUACACCCUACAAUGGCCCAGAGACUGUAAUGGUUGGUGAUGGGGCUCAUCUUCCCAUUACUCAUGUUGGUUCCACGACACUCACCACGAAUGCAGAAAGUGGUGACCAAAGGACCUCGUCGUAAGACUUUGUAUAUGUUGGAGAACAAGGAGUUUGUGGCCCUCUUCUCAAAUAGACAGUGUGCGGCAAGCGACAUGGUGUGGCACCAACGUUUAGGACAUGCAAACUUUCAAGUUCUUCAGCAUUUAAGGAACAGCAAGGCGAUAACAAUUAAUAAGAGCAGCACUUCUCCUGUUUGUGGACCUUGCCAAAUGGGAAAGAGUAGUCAAUUACCGUUUUUUAAUUCUGAGUCUCAUUCAAAAGAACCCAUUGAUCGAAUUCAUUGUGAUCUUUGGAGACCCUCUCCAGUUGUAUCAGUUCAAGGCUUCAAAUAUUAUGCAGUUUUUGUUGACAAUUUCUCUCGUUACUCUUGGCUAAUUCCUUUAAAGAGGAAGUCUGAUUUCUAUGAUGUGUUUCUGGUCUUUCAAAAACAAGUUGAAACUCAGUUUGCCAAGAAAAUAAAGGUUUUUCAGAGUGAUGGAGGAGGAGAGUUCAUGAGUACACGGUUCAGGAAGCAUUUACA